AUGACGAUCCUCAAUCCCCUGUCCUGGGCCACCUGGUUGGCCGAAAAUGAGGACAAAUUACGGCCCCCAGUCAACAACUGCUGUCUCCAUCAGGGGAAUGACUUUAUCCUGAUGGCAGUGGGAGGACCCAACGAACGAAAUGACUAUCAUGAGAACGACACAUUCCGCGACAUCCCUAUCAAAGAGGGCGACAUGUUCCUUCUUCCAGGAAACACACCCCACAACCCCGUCAGAUACAAAGAUACCAUCGGUCUCGUCAUGGAACGACAACGACCGGCGGAAUCUCUCGAUCGACUGCGAUGGUACUGUACCAAGGGAAAUCAUUCUUCGCCUACAAUCAUCCGCGAGGAGGUCUUUCACUGCUCGGAUCUCGGCACACAACUGAAGCCGAUCAUUGAGAGGUGGCAGCAGGAUGAGGAGAGUCGACGAUGCGGGGAAUGCGGUUGUAUCGCAGAUCCCAAGUGA